AUGCGCCCUCCAAAUUUACGCAUUAUUCUGCGCGCCCUAAUUAUCGUGCUGUUGUGCGCGGACAGGUGCGUGGCUGUCAAGUGGCUAGCUUUGUACCGAAUGAAACAACGACCGUGGGAUACCAUCAAAAACUGUACCGGAAACACGGGUCUGGUUGCGCGGCAACUGAAGCUGUGCCGGGACAACCUUGACCUCAUGCCCACAGUUGUUGUCUCAGCCUCGGUGGCUGUGGAGACCUGUCAGAAGCAGUUUGCCGACAGGAGAUGGAACUGCAGCUCGAUCCUGAGAGUGCCUGGUCUGUCUGUAGACUUGAUCAGAGGCACCAGAGAGCAGGCCUACGUGUACAGUAUUUCAGCGUCGGCUCUCGUCCACUCCACAGCUCGAGCAUGUAGCCUGGGCGUUACCCCCAAGUGCGGUUGUGGAAGUUUACCCACGACCGUCCCUAAUGGGAAUUUUAAGUGGGGCGGCUGUGGCGACGACCUGAUGUUUGGGCUGGUGUUCAGCGAGACCUUCACCGACGCCAGCCUGGUCAACAAGAAGGGCAAGUCCAGGUCCUCCAAGAAAGCCAUGAUGAACCGGCAUAACUUUAUGACUGGCAGGCAG